UCUGUAUAUGUCCAAAUUUGGAGUUUGAAGAGUGCUAGGAACUGGGGAAUAUUUGAUUUUGACAAUUCAAAGCUUGGGACGAGUUGGGUCAGAGGAUUUUAAGACUCGCCUUGGGCAUAAUCAAAUAAAGUAACCGAAACAAGAAUGUUUACCAAUGACCAGAGACAAGAAGAGCGAACGGGAAGAUAUGGAACUCCAAGGCUGCAAUACCUUCAAGAAUUGGUGAGUCAGUUUCAGAACUCUACUGAUGAAGAAACAAAAGAGAGAAUUGCUGCUAAUCUGGCAAACUUUGCAUAUGACCCUUACAAUUAUAAAUUCUUGCGCCAGCUCAAUGUUGUCGAACUUUUCCUUGACUGCAUAACGGAACCCAAUGAGAAGCUUGUGGAAUUCGGGCUUGGAGGGAUAUGCAAUUCCUGCGUAGAUCCAGUGAAUGCUGCAAUUGUCACUCAAUGUAGCGGGAUUCCUCUUAUCAUUCAAUGUUUAUCGAGUCCGGUUAGAAACACUGUGAAUUAUGCGCUUGGUGCUCUUUAUUAUCUCUGUAACGCAUCUAAUAAGGGAGAGAUUUUAAAGCCGGAAGUGAUUGAUGUCAUCAAGAGAUAUGCUGCAGCUGAAGCGGUUAGUGUCAGCUUUAGUAAUCUGGCGAAGGCAUUUUUGGACAAACAUGUGGGAGUGGGAACAAGUGAGCCUUAAAGGCAUGCUUUCUCGUAGGGACGCCACUAUCAUAUGAAAGCUCAGUUCGCAUUGGCAAUUCGUUUCUCUAUCUUGCUAGAAAUUCUUUUGAUUCCUUGUUUGGUUUAAUCAUUACUCGUGUGUCCAUGUGCAGGGGUUUUGCAUUGUGCUUGAUGGUUAUGAUGUAAUUAUGUAACCCAAAAAGCUUGAACUCGACCCAAAAGGGUGGCCAUGCCACAUUGGCAUGUGUCAGCCCAAUUUCUUCAAAGUAAGCGGCGGAUAGAAGUUUUUUACAAA